AUGAUCAUACACCUUGGGCUCAUAGGCCUGAUGGCCACAUACGCUUCGGGUGCCUACGUACAAUGGCAGCCCUGCGAUGCCGUCUCGUCUAGGAAUGACCCAUUCGCCCCUACAAGUCUCGUCGCUUCUCUGGAACCAUUGGACGAUGGUAACGACAACCGGUUAGCGCUCAAGGUUGGGAAAUGGCUCGAGGAAGCCGAAUGUGAGGACUUGGCCCGGCAGAUGCCCUCCGCGACGCUGGAACUCAAGAUGCUUGGAAAAUCUUCGGUAUUCACCACAACUACGAAUGCGACAUGCAAAAAACUCCACAUCUCCAAUGGAUGGGCGGCAACUUUUCAAAGCCUUGCGAGUCUUUAUGUCAGCUUCACGAACGAUAUUGGCCACCUGCCACCGCUUUCGACGUUCCACGCGACCUUGCAUCUGCAAACGAACAAGUCUGAAGAGAUAAGUUGCCGGCAGGCAAACAUCACUCCCGCCCUCGGCCCAACCACGAUUUCAAUCAUCAACUAUGCAUCCUGGGGCAUCUUUGCAUUUGUGCUUCUCGUUGGCAUACUACGCUCUACCUUUAGCACCCCAGUCACUCUGGGCGAAGAUGAGCAGCGCUCUAUUCGGACAGUCCUUCCGAAUGUCGGCGACUGCUUACAGUACAUUCAGUUCAUCUUUCUGACCGGCGGUCUCAGCCUUCGAUAUCCUGGCUUCUAUCAGCCUGUUGUCAGUAACUUGAACUGGUUCUCCUUGUUCAUCACUGGACCCGUCACACAUGGGAGAACUUACCAUAGGAUCGAUGAUGGAAUUUAUGUCAUGAAUGGCACUUAUGGCGGCACGUUUGGUUUAGAACUGAUGACCCAGAUUGCCGGUGCUCCGAUGACGAUGGACACGUGGAUCAACAUGGUGGUUCUCAUCAUGAUCAUCGCCAUUGGCUGUGCGCUGGUGAUCGAGGUCUUCUGGUUCAUGAACCGAAGUCGCGACUCUGACAGUGAAUUCCCCCGGUCAGCCGGCGGCAUGCGGCACACAUGCAGCCGUGUGCUUCGAAUUAUCCUGUCUUACUUCAUGCUUCCGCUAUCGGCUCUCUCAUUCUACCAGCUGGAUCACGCAACUUUUCUGCCUGCGUACCAUACAUCACUGGCCGUUGUGCUUAUUGUUGCAAUGAUGGCGGCCUUCUUUUGGCUUCUUCGACAGAUACCUACCCGUAGCCUUGGCGUUCUGGUCUUUGACAGCACCAAGCGAUACCGACGACUCUCCUCGUCCGAGGACUUUCGCCGCCAAGAUGAGACCUUCAUUCUCAUCUUGUUCGUACUCCUCUUUGUCCGAGGUGCGGCUGUUGGUGGGUUACAGAUCUCCGGUCCUGCACAGCUCGCUGUCCUCGGAGCUUGUGAGCUCGUCCUCCUCGCUAGCAUUGCGGGUUUCCAGACCUAUGCAACAUUCUCAGUCGGUGCCAUCGCGUCAACUAUGCGCCUUUGCAGUCUGAUCUUCAUGGUGGCCUUCCUCCCCGACCUCGCAACGCAUGACGUAAAGAGUGCCAUUGGCUACGUCCUCCUGGCACUUCAUGCUGGUAUGCUUGUGUUUGGCUUUUUCGUCCCGGCGGUCUAUAGCCUUACCAAGAUGUUAAUAGCUUGGUGGAAGGCCCCUCGCCCUCAUGUAUAUGGGCUUCGUCAACUCCGUCGUCGUCAAGCUUCACGUACGAAUCUCUCCGACAUGUAUGUUCCCGAUGGGGCCUACACGUCGUAUCCAGAGCUGGAUUCCAUCGAGGAGCCCGCCGCAGGCUAUCUCCAUCCUACCUACCGAGCAGACAGCCCGAGCACCCUGUGUCUCGACUCGUCAACGACUUCCAGCCGGUACUACCGAGCGCCUCGGUCUCCAUCCAGAAAUACGUCUCUCUCCUCAUUCGACCAUCGGAAAUCCGUUGCCUCUCGGACGUCAUCGGCGUACCCACCGUCCAGAACAUCAUCAACCGUUACCACUCUGGCAGAGAAGCGUUCCAUCCAGCGUUCAGAGUCGACAAUAUCUCCCGGGAGGCUAUCAGAAUCCGUCGAAGAGGAGCAUUCUAGCACAUCACCGCAAGGCUCUCCGACCAAAGCCAAGGGGGACCCUCUUGGUCCGAGAUGGAACGAUUACUCCUUCCGUGAAGCGGAUCUAUAUUAUGGCGUUGCUCGUCCGGUGCCUGCACAAAGGGCGUCGGAGGAGAUACCCAGACCACCUGCUCCCAAGGCGUCAUUCCGGUCUACGUCGGGCAUUUGGGCAAAGUUCACAGGCCAGGCUAGCGCGCCAGAGCGCGGAUUCCAGGUCUCACGACCGCCAGCACCGGAGCAGGGUUUUGUUGUUGUCAGGCCCCCAAGGCCCAGCAACUCUGUAGACGGGUCUUCUUCAAGUGAUAAAAGAGGGGACGAUGACUCUUCUUGA